AUGGCGAACCGCAUCGGACUGUGGAAAGCCAUGCAGAACUUCGGCUGUUCUGAGCACUUCAUUCACAUGGCACGUCAGCUCCACGACGGGAUGAUGGCGCGUGUCACGGGCAACGGGGCGGUCUCCGAAGACUUCGCUGCGACCAAUGGAACUAAGCAGGGCUGUCUCCUUGUGCCUAUCCUCUUCGCUCUCGUGCCCUUCGCCAUGAUGAUGGAUGCCUACCGUGACUAG